AUGACCGGGAGUCCCAAGCCCGUGGAAUUCUCUUUUGUCAGUUAUCAGGGUCCAGAAGUGUCUCAGGAUGCCGCGGACCAAACCGUGAUACGCCAUCAUGCAAGCCGGAAUGUGGCGACAACGAGACGUCAAAGGAAUAAUUACGGGGGGCACAAUCAACGACAAUAUCGCGUGGUCUAUAUGAAUGACGAUUGCCAGCAUCUGGUUCUUUAUUCUCCGCUUCAAACGCCCGGCGAGCCCGAGAUGAACAAGUACUUUUCAAUGAUGAGCCUGGUGUCGCCAAUAGCUGGUCUGCACCUCGGGAUUGCGACACUAUCACAGUUUGCAACAGACGAGUCUCUCGCUGGAGAUGUCUUUCGGGCGCCACUUCCAUUUUCGAAGCUGGAUAGCCGGCAGCUGCUCUCUUUUAUCCCCUCUCGAUAUAGCACCAUAUGCUCGGUGACCCAUGCAGUAGACUGUCUCACUACAAGGCUCGAACAGAUCAUGUUCCACGCCACUCUAAGCGGCAGGCAAGAGGUGAUCAUACUACAACACUACGCCAGCGCACUUCGAGCCACUCAGGAGGCCAUAGACAACGAAGCCAAGCGUAUGGCCCCUGAGACAUUGUGUGCAACAGAACUUUUGGGCAUCUUCGAGUUAUUAAAAACUCAGCCAGAUCGUCUAGCAUGGAUGCGACAUGUGGCUGGGACCACCGAACUAAUACGGCUCCGAGGUCCCCAUCGGUUCCAGUCCGAGUUCGAGCUGGCACUAUUCAUGGCACACGUUGGGCCCAUGGUCGUAGAGGCGUACUUGAAUAUUAAAGAAUGCUUCCUAGUAGAAGGGUCCUGGCAGAGGGUCAUGCAUGCUGCAAUUCAUAGUGACUCGUCAAUCCCCCCAGAGCAACGCAGUCUUGUCUAUGAACUGUGGUCACACAUCGUCCAGGGGCCAAACAAUUUUGUUCAAAUAGCAAAUCUCAUUCUUUCUUCAACACCGCCGUCUGAACAGGCAAUAGACAACGCUGUCAGGAGUCUCCAGAGAGACGAAGACCAUUUGAGAAGGUGGCUCGAAAUGGCACGAGACUUGGAGCUUGUGGGGAGCGCGGCAGAGCGGCAAGGAGUCUUCUUCACUCCCAGUCUUUGGAGUGGCAGUGCCUGUAAUGGCCCUCUCGAACGCAUACUCUGCCCUGUGCUGCAGGGGACAUUUCUCAUGUGCUACAUUAUCAAGGCCCGCCUAUUAGCAUCUAUCUCACCCGGUCGCUUCCACCAUGCGGAACUAGAAUGCCAGGCCUUGGCUCAUGAGAUAUUGACUCUAGAAGCGGACCCGACGGUCUACAGGGAUGGUGGCAUCUUCGCGGGUCUAUUCCUGUCGCAGACUCUGUGGGUGGCCCGAGCCAUCCGCGACACAAAAGACUUGUGGGCGAGCACUAUUGCCAAGUAUGCGACAGAGACUACUGUUGGAACAGAUAUAAUGAUUGAAAGCUGGAAGUUUCAAACAUGGUGUGAUGAAAUGCGAAGGGGUUAA